AUGGGAGACGUGCGCAGAUCCACCAUCUUCUUCACCGAGCAACACCUCUCCUACGCCGAUAUCCUUCCACCUCUUGAGGUCCGAGCUAGAAUCGAAAUAGCAGUCCUGAAUUUUCUCAAGGAUUUGAACUCUCCAACUCCAGCCAUCUCAAACCUCCCUAUGAUCAACCGCAAAUCAAGUAAUAGCAGAGUGAAUCAGAGUCUAUUAACCGAAGCUUCAUGGAUUUUUCUGUCACGUUCAUUCUGCACAAAAUCAUUGACGAGAGAGAAUUCUGCUAAAGCCUUCAUAAGAGUGUGGAAAGUGAUGGAGAUGUGUUACAACAUUUUACUUCUGGAAAAGAGAGUAACUCAAAGAGAACUAUUUUACAAGUUGCUUUGUUCAUCACCAGAUUAUUUCACUACUCAACUACAAGUCAAUCAAACUAUCCAAGAUGUGGUAGCAUUGCUGAGAUGUAGUCGUUUUAGUCUUGGAAUCAUGGCAUCUAGUAGAGGAUCAGUAGCAGGUCGAUUAUUGUUACAAGGGCCUGAUCAAGAAACUGUUGACUGCACUAAAUGUGGAUCUUCUGGUUAUGCCAUUUCUGGUGACUUGAACAUUUUAGAAAAACUGGUGAUGAAGACAGAUGCAAAUUACAUAAUUGUGAUUGAGAAGCAUGCGAUAUUUCAGAGGUUGGCUGAGGAUAAAGUGUUCAAUCAAAUUCCAUGCAUUCUUAUCACUGCAAAAGGAUACCCUGAUCUUGCUACAAGGUUUCUUCUUCAUCGCAUGAGUCGGGCUUUCCCUGAAAUGCCAAUUUUUGGAUUGGUUGAUUGGAAUCCUGCUGGAUUGGCUAUUCUUUGCACCUUCAAGUAUGGAAGUAUUGGAAUGGGCCUAGAAGCAUACAAAUAUGCUUGCAACAUCAAGUGGUUGGGAUUAAGGAAAGACGAUUUGGAGUUAAUACCACAAGAAUCCUUCCUACCAUUAAGGCCGAAAGAUAUGCAAAUUGCCAAAAGCUUGACUUCUUCACAAAUAUUACAGGAUAACUAUAAAGAAGAAUUGGCAGUAAUGGUUGAGAGUGGACAAAGAGCAGAAAUUGAAGCUUUAUACUUCCAUGGAUAUGAUUUCUUAGGGAAAUAUUUAGCAAAUAAAAUUGUACAAGUCCAUUACAUUUAG